AUGUGUAAGGAUUUGAUGAACCAAUCGCAGCAUUUGCAAAGGGUAGUUGAUCAUUUCACUACUGAACAAAUUGCAAAUAAUCGGUUGCAAUUGAAGGCCACAAUUUUUAUUGUGCGAUAUCUUGCCUUUCAAGCUAUAGCUUUUAGAGGUCGAGAUGAAAGUUUUAGUUCAUUAAAUCGUGGGAACUUCCAUGAAUCAUUGGGUAUUGUGACUUUUUGGAAUGAGAAGGUUGCUGAAAUAAUAGAAAAAGCUCCAAAAAAUGCAACCUACACAUCACCUAGGAUUCAAAAGGAAAUUCUACAUGUUUUCUCAGCCAAAGUGAAGAAGGCCAUUCGGGAAGAAAUUGGUGAUGCAAAGUUCUGCAUAAUGGUUGAUGAAGCUCGUGAUGAGUCCAUGAAAGAGCAAAUGGCUGUGGUGUUUAGAUAUGUUGAUGCAGAAGGCUUUGUGAAAGAACGCUUUUUUGGGCUUAUUCAUGUUGUUGACACUGCAGCUUUGACUCUAAAGAAUGGGAUAUAUUCUUUGUUAUCUCAAUAUUGCUUAGAUAUACAAAAUAUUCGAGGGCAAGGAUAUGAUGGAGCAAGCAACAUGCGAGGUAUGUGGAAUGGAUUACAAGCUUUGAUUUUGAAUGAUUGCCCAUAUGCUUACUAUAUCCAUUGUUUUGCACAUCGCUUACAAUUGGCAUUAGUAAAAGCAUCAAAACAAGUUGUUCCCAUUAGUCAUUUUUUUCUUACAUUGCUUUUUCUGAUCAAAAUUGUUAGUGCUUCUUGCAAGCGCAAUGAGCAAUUGAAAGUUGCCAAUGCUAAUGAAAUAGCACGUUUGAUUGAUCUUGAAGAGCUUGAGACUGGAAGUGGACUUAAUCAAAUUGGCACUUUACAACGACCUGGAGAAACACGUUGGAGUUCACAUUUUAGAUCAGUUUCUAGCUUAUUAAGGAUGUUUAGUUCAACUGUUGAAGUUUUACAAAAUAUAAUUGAUGGUGCAAUUGAUGGAGAAAAUCGGGCAGAAGGAGAGUCAGCUUAUGAAGGAUAUAGCUUCGACAUUUAG